AUGCCACUCGACCUCAAGGUGCGAGAGGUGUGCCUUAUCGAGAACACUAGAUUUACUGGCGCGACAGAGUAUCUCCCAGAUGACAUAAGUCUUGAAAGACCUACCCCUCCCCACCUUAUGCUUCACCCUGCUGAACGUCUUACGUUCCCGGCGCAGUUCCUGGUGAGCCAAGAUGAGGUGGAGCGGUACCAAUCCGAGCUGCCGACGCAUGCAAACCAUAUAUUCACGGAUGGCAGUAAGCAAGAAGACGGCACAGUCGGGGCAGCCUUCGUCAGCUACUGCCGGGGACGCAUAGUCGCCAACAGGAAGUACAAGCUGCACAAUUGCUGUUCGGUUUUCCAGGCCGAGCUCUUUGCCUUACUGCGCGCUUGCUCAUGGGCUGCCACACUCUGCGACACCCAUACUUAUAUCUACACAGACUCCCGCUCCGCCAUAAAAGCCAUCCAGGAUCGCAGCAAUACACACCCUCUGGUCGCGGACAUCCAUCGAACAGUGCAUGCGAGCUCUGGAACCGUACAAUUUGCUUGGGUCCGGAGUCACGUGGGCAUAGAAGGUAACGAGGCGGCCGAUGCCGCAGCCAAAACGCGGCCGGUCUCCACAAGGCCCCGGCUUACUGUCACUACCCGAUAUCUUUUGUGA